AUGGGAUUUAGUGCGCUAAGUACGGAGCUUAUCCAACUCAUUGCUCGACAGCUUACAGAAAAGGAUACGGCGAUAUUGGCUCGAACAUGCCAACUCCUUUACCGCACCUUAAACAGUAUCCUGUACCGUUAUAAUGCGAAAUACCAUGCAUCGUCGGCUCUGUUAUGGGCCUGCGAAAAGGGAAUAUUAGACACUGUUCUCCGCUUCUUGGAAUAUAAUACCAACGACAAUACGCGGUUGUCUAGCGAUUGGAAAGGCCGGGAUCACCCGUUAUAUGUUGCCGCAAAGAACGGCUAUGAUGAAAUCGUCCGAACACUCCUGCAAGAAGGCGUCAAGGUAGAUGCAACGAGUAACCGCCGCCGUACUGCAAUUUCCAUAGCGGCCUCUAACGGGCACCAGUCUGUGGUCGAUGAGCUGCUAUGUGCAGGGGCCGACUAUGACCUUGCUGACGAUGAGCGCAAGACGCCUCUCUCAUGGGCUGCUGAACAUGGAUUUGUGGCAGUUGUUGAACAACUCGUCGCUGCAGGAGCCAACAUUAACCAUAUAGACAUACACGGACAAACGCCGCUUUAUCUUGCCGCAUGGCGUGGUCGGGACGAGUCAGUUAGGCAACUUCUGCAAGCGAAGGCUGAUACAAGUAUAUCUGCAGAUAUAACAGGCCUUACAGCGCUCUCGAUUGCUGCAUUCAAGGGAAACAGCGCCAUUGUCAAGCAGCUCAUUAAAGCGGGGGCCGAUAUACACCAUACAAAUGCCACUGGCAACACUCCUCUCAUGCUCGCGGUAUGUAUCAGACAUAUUGCCACGGUUCGUGAACUGCUGCACGCGGGGGCCAAAACAACAGGUUGCAGUACCAAUCGUGAAAACGCACUUGCUUGGGCUGCGGAACACGGAGAUAUUGAUAUGGUUCGAAUACUUAUUGAAGCAGGUGCCGACGUUAAAUCUACUCAUCCAGACGGACGAAAUGCUCUUUCCUUCGCUGCGGAACGCGGGCACAUUGAGAUUUGCAAAAUACUGGUCCAGGCUGGCUCGGAAGUUGACUCGGUAGACAUGCUUGGCCGCACGGCAUUAUCCUGGGCCGCAGAACAUGGAAGCAUUGAUCAGUUUAUUUACUUAUGGCAGCUCGACCCCCAGCUUGGUCAAACUGAUCGAUUUGGACGCUCCCCGUUGUCUUGGGCGGCGGAGAAAGGACAUAAUGACAUCAUUAGCUUCGUCGUCUCCCAAAGAGCUCCGUUGGAUAUUACACAUAAAGGGAACUGGGACGUGGAACUGAUUUCGGACGCCAUUCGAAAGCUGCAUCGGAGCACAUUCAAAUUACUACCUCCUUUGCGAUUUCCAUGGCAGUUUAGAAGGGAAGAGUUUAGAAGGGAAGAUGCCGCGACACUACAGAGGCCAGCCUGCAACCCUCUUGGGAUAGCUGUGGCUCAAGGACACACUCAGGCAGUCAAAACAUUGCUGGACGCGGGCGCUGCAACAGACAUCAAAGAUAUCACUGGAUUUACUCCCCUAAUGUUGGCAGCCAAGAGGGGUGACUUACACGUCGUGUCGCUCUUGGUAAGUGCUGGUGCGUCUUUGGACCGAAAAUGCCAAAGAGGGUGGGACGCUGCGAAGAUAGCGAGUGCUAGUGGCCACCAUUCUCUUGCCUUCUAUCUGAACCGGGAAAGUGGUCGCAUGAGAUACACCAGUCCAUGA